AUGAGUCGCUGGCAUUCAUCAACUGGAAAAGUCGUCAUACUUGGAGAUUCGGCACAUGCUGUACCCCCUCCGGCGGGACAAGGUGCAAACCAAGCUCUUGAGGACGGAUAUAGCUUCGGAAUACUCUUGGCAAAUCUCAACUCCAAUAAUCUGAGCAAUUGUAUGAGUUUAUCAGAUGCAUUGACGGCUUGGGAGGCAUACAGAAUGGAGAGAAUGGAAAAAGUUCUGGAAUUGACGAAUCGGGUUCUCACUAUCAGAAUGACGGAUGAAGAAAGGGCCAAUGUGUCUGAACACAUGAGGUGGGAUGAGAUUGAUGGGAGUGACGCAGGCAAGUCGGAGCUAGGGUGGUUAUAUCUGGUAGACAUCGAUAGCGAUAUCAAGAGUGUAAUAGAGACUCUACAUACAUGA